AGAACAUGAUCAGAAAGCUACAUAUAGCUUACAAACAUUACUUCGGAUGUGAUAUCGUAGAUCAAACAAAAUCCUGGGUUCAUCAUGUCUGUUGCAUCGUCUGUUACCACGGCAUAACCCAGUGCUUAAAGGGAAACCCAGACGUAUUGCAGCAGUUAUGGGAACCGUACCAGAUGAGCAAAAGGCCAUUCCAUCGUGGCUGGACAGAGCAUUCAUCGUGAGCGCCCUUAAGUGUGGCGACCCGACAGUCGACGAAUCAAGUGUCCAACUAAAGUCGAUGGGCCAGGUUGGUGGUGGACUCCUAAGUGAAACUUACAGAGUAGUCGCUCAAUUGCACUCUCUCGGAGAGUCCCAUGAGCGGGAGACAUCAGUUAUCGUGAAGAGCUCGCCAACAGUGGGUGGCUUCAUCAAGGAACUGGCGGACAGCGGUGUGUUCACCAAGGAGACGGUCGCCUACAGCAGCUUCCUGCCCGCCAUGGACUCUGCGCUCGAGACCAUCGAGGGCGAAAGUUGGAGGCCACUGGCUCCCAAGUUCUACCACCACGGGUCGCAGCCUACCAGCUUCUUGGUGGUCGAGGAUCUGGACGCCUUGGGAUUCCACAAAGUGGCUCAAGGUGUCAGCCUGGACGUGGACCAGUGCAGAGCUGUGCUGCGAAAUCUGGCUCGCAUGCACGCCGCUUCGGUGACACUACUCAAUGACCAGCAGUACAACGAGAAGCUCUUUCACCAGUCACUCAUCUUCUCCAGAAGACUGGUGGACACUUUCCAAGACAAAAAUCAGAUCGACAUGGACGGUACAUUCGAUUUCCUGGAAGAUUACACCUGGUUUCAGAAAUACGUACACAAGAUGGAAAAACUGUCGACGCGUUUUGUGGGAGAGGUAGUGGAUGUGGUGGAGCAGUGCCAGGUGGACUUCAAGGUCAUGGUGCAUGGAGACCUGCACAAGAAUAACGUGAUGUUCCGGGAAGAUAGCGACGGCUUGCAGGUUCGGUUCUACGAUUUCCAGGGAAUCCACAUCGGGUCUCCAGCGGAGGACCUGCAGUACUUCUUUCACACGAGCGCCAGCCUGGGGGUGCUGCGCGACCACACGCAGGGCCUGCUGGCCGAGUACCACGCCGCGCUGCAGCGCACGCUGCGCGCCCUGGGGCUGCAGCGGCAGGCGGACGGCUACCCGCUCGAGCAGCUGCUGCGAGACAUGGACCACUUCGGCAUGAUCGCCGUCUUCGUAUCUUUCACUAUGCUGCCUUUUAUGCUCAAUUUCGACGAAAUGGAAUUUGCAAUAGAUACUUCGGACGAUCAGUUUGAAGUGAAAUCCAAGAAAUUCUAUGAGAAGAGUUGGCAGAACGACAGAUACCUUGCAUAUCUUCAACAUCUUUUGCCUGUCUUCGAUUCGAAAGGGCUCCUUGACCAGAAAGUUUGAUUCGACAAAAAAUAUAGAGGUAAUCAAGUAGUUCUAUUGGUUCCCACCUGUUUACACGUUGCGUAUACUGAGCGAGGCUGGCCGGGGUGGCCGAUCGGUCCUAGGCACUUCAAUGUGGAACCGCGCGACCGCUACGAUCGCAGGUUCGAAUCCUGCCUCGGGCAUGGAUGUGUGUGAUGUCCAUAGGUUAGUUAGGUUUAAGUAGAUCUAAGUCUAGGGGACUGAUGACCUCAGAUGUUAAAGUCCCAUAGUGCUUAGAGCCAUUUGAGCCAUAAGACUCGUCGUAUAUAGAAUCUCCUUAUGUGGAAGGACGAAAAUAUUGAUUGAGCAAUUACACAAACUAUUAAUAGUUGCUCUGUAUAUUUCCCGUGAUAAUGUCGCAAUAAAGAUAACUUUAGAAAACAGUUAGGAAUCUAUGUUCAGAAUAUAGACAACUACUUUUCACUUGGGGACCUACAUCCUGAACGGUGCCCACAUACAAAAAGUUUGCGUUUUUACAAUACGCCCUUACAUAUUACACAAUUUCGUUGAUCGUGUAACAUUAGUAAGACGAAAGGAGUACAAUGACUGGUGUGUAUAAAUCAGUGAACAUCACAGAGAUAAAACAAUAAGUGCUCAGUGGUUUGUAUGUUAAACGUCUGAAGUGUUCGCAGAAAUAGCAGGAGCAACGAUUGGAAAAAGCUUCGAUGGUAUAAAUGAGGUUCCAGUCAAUGUUAAUUCUCAAUAAUCAAGACAAAUAUGCCAGAAAAAAAAUGAAAAGAAUUUCCUAGUAUUCACAAUAAAA